AUGACUUUACCGAAACAAUGUCAAAGUGAGUCAGCCAUAGGCACAAUUGUUUUAGAUCUAUUUGCAAAAUCGACUUUUUUCACGGAAGUAAGUGUUCAAUUUCAGGAACGAAAGCAGUUAGAAAGCUGCUUUUUUCAGGAAUAUAGGACUAAUAUCAUUAGAACAAACAAGAAAGAUUUAAGAAGAUUCAUUGAACGGAAAGGAAAUAAUUAAUUUUUCUCUCGUAAGGCAGGUGCAACAGAAUGACUCUACGUUUCUUCUAGUUAAAUUAAGAGUAGCAGUCUUCUUUCUUUUAGGACAACAAAAUUUAUUUUGGGUUGGUUUAAACUAUAUUUAUUUGAAGAUAAAGAAAUCCUAAUAAACCUCGAACUAAAGCGGCAAAUUGCCAUUACAUAGUUCAAGGAGUUAUUUACAAGGUGUUACUCUUUUCCAUAAGAAAAACAACAAAAAUAAAAUAAAACUAAAUAUAGGUGAAAGAAGAGAAAAAAAGGCUGCGGGUACAGUGAAUGGAUGAAGCGGCGGGAUGGAAAAAAGGGAAUGUUGAUCAUUGUCUAUUUACCACUCCG